GCAAUUUACGUUUCGUGGUUUCAUUCUGUACCGGCUGAUAAUGACAGUUCGACUGUCAACGUGCCAAGCGGCCUAAAAACGACAAUGAUAGCCUCUGAUAGCGAAGUCCACGUGCUUAUCUGAUGGCACGCGAUAACGAGUAUGCAGGUGUCGUUAUCGUUUAUUACCGCAGCCGCCGACAGUGAAACUUUCGCGUCCGUAAAUUUCGUUCGAUCGAAUCGAUAUUCGAAGCGGACGUCAAGCGUAAGGAGGUCAGCGUUGACUGAAGAAAUAUGUUACCUGAAAUUUCUACAGACAUAAACUCGUCACCCGUUCCCAAUGUCCGCAAGAUGUUUAAUUUAUACGUGCCAUUUAGAAUUAACCUAUGAUCGCCAUAAUUUAUUGGCGAAGCACGCUCGAGAGCGUUUGGUUGCCUCGACUCUUUAUCACCUGCGAUAAAGAGCUUUUUAAACCGGACGCGUGAUAUGACUCGAUUAUUAUUCACAGUCACAUUCCACAAAACGAACGAGGAAACCGUGGAAAUAACUGAAGCAUAUGAAACACAAGAGAAUUGUUAUAUAUCUUGAAUAUCCCUGCAACCUUUCUCUAAUAUGCAAUAUUGUGUGAAAUUGUAGAGUUGUUAUAGACUGAGUAAAAAAAAAAAUGAUAGUACUGCCUGCCUAUCAUUAAACUUGUAAUCAAUAGCAGACAUUGCUCUACAUUACAAUGGAUAUUGGCGUUGUCAAAAUCGCAGAAGAUAAAGAUUUUGAGAAAUUAAAGAAAUUGUACGAUGAUAAUAAUGACUGGAAAUUAGAUUAUAACAAACCUGAUUUAUCUGUUUGGACAAAAUGCGUUCGAGGAAUUAGUUUUAAAAUGGUGAAAAUUAGAACGCGUUUUUCCGACAUUUCGCCAGAAACGUUAUAUGACGUUUUACAUGAUCCUGAAUAUAGGAAAGUUUGGGACACUCAUAUGAUUGAAUCAAAAGAUAUAGGAUUUUUUAAUCCAAAUAAUGAUAUUGGUUAUUACUCCAUGGCAUGCCCAUCUCCGUUAAAAAAUAGAGACUUUGUCUUGCAACGAUCUUGGCUAGAUACUGGUAUAGAACAAUUGAUAAUAAAUCAUUCCGUUUAUCAUAAAGAUUAUCCACCUAGAAAACACUUUGUACGAGCAACAUCUUACCUCACAGGCUAUAUUGUAAGGCCUUCACGCAACGGAGAUGGUUCCGAGCUCGGUUAUGUAUCGCAUACAGACCCACAUGGUAAAUUGCCUGUGUGGUUGGUUAAUAAAAUUACGCAAAUAUUUGCUCCCAAAAUGGUGAAACGAUUACACAAGGCCUCUGUGAAUUAUCCAAGUUGGAAAUUACUUAAUAAUCCAAAUUAUAGGCCAUGGCAUUGUCCUGAACAAAUAAUGGCACCUAGAAUACGUAUUGAAGAAUGUAUAAAAUCUGCAGAAGAAGAAAAGAAUUCGAAAUAUAAUUAUGUAGACGAAUCUGACUUAAGGGAAAGUUCGGUUAAGGAAUCUACGGCGGUGGAAAGCGAUUAAUUUAAUAAAGGGUCGUAAGGAUUUUUAGGAGAGAAAAGAUGCUAACUACGUCAAUUAGCAGCGCACAUUUAAGCGGUGUACCGAUAUGAUAAUAAAACAAUACAUACUUGCCA